AAGCAUUAUGCUAGGGGCGGCCUACUGAUCCGCAUUCAGUUCGAUUUCUGCCAUGUUCUAUGACGUAGACACCAGGAGCUCAGCUGAUUAUUACGGGCACGUGCAUUGUCAAACUGCAAACGGGUAGAGUGCAUGCUCAGCAAUCAGCAAGGAAGAACAUCCAUAUAGAAUAGGUUAGUUACGUGCAGUAUCCAUCAAUACCUGUAUUACACUGGUAAUACUACAAACUUGUUUAACUUUUCAGUUUUUAAAGGGAAGGUAGGAGAAAUGUAAGACCAAUCAGACUCACAGGUUUUGCACUAACCCUUUUGAGAGUCCCUCCCUCCACUGUCCCGGCGAAGCAGGGUUGUUCAGUAUAUGCCCAAUCGUCAGAGGGACUAUGGUGGAAGGCUGGUAAAGAUGGCGGCUCUCUCCGAGGAUGGGAGGUACGGACUGAAUUGUAGCCGACGGAAUGCGGGCAGAACCACAGUAUUGCACGUAAAAUUAACGGAGACAGCCAUACGAGCGCUAGAAAACUACCAAAACUGUAAGAAUGUACCGUCCUCGCAUCCCACUAUACAUUUCCAGGGACUUCAGGGGCGCAUCAAGAUUCCCCGCUCAGACGCCCCAGACAGCACUCAUAACUUUGAUUUCUACCUGUCAAACGUUGGCAAGGACAACCCUCAGGGCAGCUUCGAGUGUAUCCACCAGUACAUAUCCAGUGCUGGCGCGCCACACCUGGCGUCACUGGGCUCGAUACAGGACAAGAUCACCGUGUGUGCCACCAGCGAGUCCUAUCAGGUGACCCGCGAACGCAUGACUCAGGUCGAGGAGGACUCUCGCAAGAAGAGCACCAAGGUCAUCAAGCCGGGUGGCCAGUUCAGAGGCAAGAUGGUGCACGUGCGCAAGCCGGCGCCCUCCGCCCCGGACCCAGUGCCUGAGCGCAAGCGCUCCACGCCCAUCAACCCGGCGAGUACCAUCCGCAAGUGCCUGACCAACAACCCGGUGGCGCAGCGCUCCUACCGGGACCGCGUGGUGCACCUGUUGGCGCUGCGCUCCUACAAGAAGCUGGAGGUGCUGGCCCGCCUGCAGAGGGACGGAGUCAGCCAGAAGGACCGCAACUCUCUGGGCAGCACCCUGCAACAGGUGGCGAAUCUGAACCCAAAGGACAACUCGUACUCUCUGAAGGAGUUUAUCUUCCGCGAUGUGCAGAGAGACUGGCCCGGCUACAAUGAUGACGAACGCACGCAGCUGGACCGGCUACUCACCCGGAAGGGUAUUCUUCCGGAAGGCCCGCCAUCGAGUAGUCCACCAAAGGAGGCUGUACCCACCUCACCACAGAAACUCCUGCCAGAGUGCGACUUCAUCGACCCCCUGAUGUCCAAGAAGCCGCGCAUCUCCCACCUCUCCAACAGAGCCCCUGCCACAGCCACGACCCCCACCCCCACCCCCACCCCGGCCCCUCCCCACCCCCACUUGCACCCCCCACCUCCCUCCCUCUCUUACUCCCUCCCCCCUUCAUCUUCCUCCUCCUCCUCCUCCUCUUCUAAUCGUCGCUCCAGCGCAGCUGUGGCACCCCCGUCGUCGGCCCCCUGUCCAGGCCCUGUGCCGGCUUCCUCCUCCUCUUCAUCAUCUCACCCCCCGCCCUCCGGCUCCACCUCCAACUCCCCCAGCACGCCGGAGGGCCGCGGCUCGCAGGACCUGCCCCUGGACCAGAGCUCCACCUGCGGGGGCGCUACGCCAUCCGAGCGCUACACCCCCCCGCCACCCUCAUCUCUGCCGCCACCCGCGCCCUCGUCGCUGGCACAGUCGUCCCGCAGCAGCGGGCACCUCUCGCCCCGGACUGGCCACAGUGGCCCACACCUACACCAUCACCACGCGCCGCCACCACAGCCUCCCACCUCUAGGGCGGCGCCGGCGCACCACCACCGCGCCUCGCCAGACAGCGGCGUCAGCAGCAGCAGCACCUGCAGCGGCAAGAAGCCCAAGAAGGCCAAGAAGCACAAGGACAAGGAGAAAGAACGCGGAGAGAAGCAGCCGCGCUCGGACAAGGAGCCGCGCUCGGACAAGGAGCGCAGCAGCAGCAAACUCACUAGCAGGAUAGAGGAGCCCUCCCCGCGGCCCACCGUGGACAAGGCGGCGCUGGUGGUGGUGGCCACUGCCCCGACGCCGAACCAGGAGGAGGAGGAGGAGGAGGAGAGGCCGAGGAAGAGGCAGCGCACAGAGGGCAAGCACACACCCCUGCACAGGAGUCCCAGCGCCGGACACGAAGAUGGGAAAGAGCGGACUGUCCACUCCACAGAGGUCUCCAGUACUCCAGACUACGUUGCUAAGUAUUCUGCGGUGGUGUCCAUGGACCAGCGACAGCGCUACAAGGACGACUUCAACUCUGAGUAUGACGAGUACCGCGUGUUGCACGCCCGUGUGGAGAGCAUCACCCGCCGCUUCACCCAGCUGGAUGCCCAGUGCAGACGCCUUACGCCGGGCUCCAAAGAGUACCAGGAGGUGCACGAAGAGGUCCUGCAGGAGUACAAGAACAUGAAACAGCACAACCCAAACUACUAUGAGGAGAAGCAGCGCUGCGAGUACCUGCACAACAAGCUGGCCCACAUCAAGAGGAUCAUCGCGGACUUCGACCAGCGCCGCGCCCAGUCCUGGCGCUAAAGUGCCACGGGCGGGGUUUGAGGAGGAGGGUGAUGGGAUAAAUGCCAGGGGACCACUACAUCUGGAAGAUGAGAGAUGCUGAGGAUGGAGAGAUGGAGGGUGGUGUAUGAAGACGUGGAGGAGCUGAGAAACUUUUCCUCAAACCAGCCCUCCUCAAACACCCUCUCACUCUCUCCUUCCCCCUCCUCACAUCUUCUGCCACACUCUUUGGUCUCUUCCACCUCCCCACCAAACACCUCCAACCCUUCUCCUCCUCCUCCCCCUCUUUUUUUUCAUUUUCUUUUUUUUUUGCCCUCUUCUCCUUCCAAGGUACUGUUACCAUGGCAACAGAGCAGUAACGCCCCUGUGAUGUCAUAAUCGUUGCGAAGGGAGAGGGAGAGGCAA